AUGAAGUUGCUCUCAAUUUUUUUGUUUCUGUGCUCAAUUGCACGAGUCUGUGCGUUUGCACAAACAGGAGCCUACGAGCGCAUGUUUGUGUUCUAUUGUCUUCUGUUGGACCUGGAAGCCAAUGGAGUGAACAAAAAAAUUGUUCCAGACUGCCCAGAUUGCUCAAAUUUCAACAAAUUCCUGCAGUAUAUCGAGCAAGGCAAGGUUCAAGGCGAUGCACCGGAUAUUACGCGGGAGACCAGACCAGAAGUCGACGACACCGCGCGGAUGCUCAUCAACAAAGGGCAUACAGGCGAAUACCGUUCGACCUUGAUCCACAACAGCGUGAAAGCAGACCGUGACAUCGCAUUGAUGAUAGACGAACUGUCACGGUUCGUGGAGGGGACCAUUGACAGACUUCCACGCGAAAAAGACUGGAUUUUUGAGGGACUGCAUAAGUCCAUCCAGAGAGUCAAGGAACAUCGUCUCCUGGGAAGGGCCGAUGCAUACGAGAAGAAGGUCCGCCAGGCUCUGGAGGGCCUCAAGGACGAUGAGGACAAGCCUCUCAAGGACAACAAAGGCAACACUCUCAAGGUGGAAACUCAAAAGGUCACAUACAGUCUGCAACCGAAUCCACCCCAAGGCCACCAAAGCGACUACCUGAGAUUCAGCCCCGCCGCCACCCUCAGGUCUAUCCAAGGUACAGUAUCUGAGGAAAUUUAUCAACGCAUCAGCAACGAGAUCAAAUCCGCCUGCGUAGCCGCAAGCGAUGACAGCCACAACCGGAACAUCGAAUCGGCCAAGAAAUGUUCCUCAGCAUUCUGUGCGCUCAAACAACUGCGAAACUUUAGUUGA